AUGGUUCUCAAGACGGAGCUUUGUCGUUUCAGUGGCCACAAGAUUUACCCAGGAAGAGGAAUCAGAUUUAUCCGAUCUGACUCUCAGGUGUUCUUGUUCAUUAACUCAAAGUGUAAGCAUUACUUUCACAAUAAACUGAAGCCUUCCAAGCUUUGCUGGACUACUAUGUACAGAAAGCAGCACAAGAAGGACGCAGCUCAAGAGGCUGUGAAGAAGAGGAGACGUGCCACCAAGAAGCCAUACUCAAGGUCCAUUGUUGGUGCUACUUUGGAAGUGAUUCAGAAGAAGAGAGCUGAGAAGCCUGAAGUUCGUGACGCAGCAAGAGAAGCUGCUCUUCGUGAUAUCAAGGAGAGAAUCAAGAAGACGAAAGAUGAGAAGAAGGCAAAGAAGGCUGAAUUUGCUUCAAAGCAACAGAAGAUUCAGGCUAAGAUCCCCAAGGCUGCUGCCAAGGGAGGUCCCAAGUUGGGAGGCGGUGGUGGCAAACGCUGA